CUACUUCAACAUCCUACUCUUGUCUCAUUAUCCAAGGAAACAUCAUUCCAAGUGGUCCUGAUCUCAGGGGCUCAAGUCUCAUUUGUACUGAUGAAUUAUGGUGCCAUUGCUGCGACACGCCAUCAUGUGCAGGCUGGCUUUGACACCAUCAACUCAACACAUCAUUUCUCAAUCCCUGGCUCCUUCAUGAGCAGCAUCAGCAAUUUAAGGCACACUAGCAACGUCAACAGACCAGGUCGCUGGGCCUUCCGGGUUGAUGAUGGACCACAAGGCUGCCAAUAUAAUGGUUUACCUGUGCAGGUUGGAGACUCUUUCUGGACAGAUGCCAGCUGUCAGCAAAGAUGCACCUGCGUCAGUGGAGGCCUCCUCCAGUGCCAGCAACAGCCCUGCACCUUUUCCCAGGUGUGUCGUCCAACAGCCUUCCAGUAUUCCUGCCAGAAUAUUCAGCGACGCACCUGCACCAUCUCUGGUGACCCCCACUACUACACCUUUGACGGGAAAGUCUUUCAUUUCCAGGGAACCUGCACGUACAUACUCUCCGAGGCUUGUGGCAAUGGACUGCCAUACUAUCGUAUUGAAGGGAAGAAUGAGCAUCGGGGCAGCACACGUGUGUCGUGGACCCGUCUUGUAAGAGUGUGGGUUUACGGUGAGGAAAUUGAGCUGGUCAAAGGCCAUCAUUACCAAGUAUUGGUGAACGGUAGUUUUGUGACGACCCCAUUUACCCUAUGGAAUGGGGAAAUCCAGGUCUACCAAUCAGGUUUCUCUGUGGCUGUCACUACAAACUUUGGCCUGCUGGUCACCUACGAUGCCUAUCACUAUGUCAGAAUCUCAGUGCCCUACGAGUACCAGAACGCUACCUGUGGCCUGUGUGGCAACUUCAACCAACACCGUCAUGAUGACUUUCGAACCCGUGAUGGGCAGCUUGUGAGCUCAGACGUGGAGUUUGCCAACAGCUGGAAGGCCCCAGGGGACACUGACCCAGGCUGCCAGGACGUGCAAUGUGCAGGACUGGCUUGUGCUGCUUGCACCGAUAACCAAAGGACUCUUUACGGAAACACUGCCCACUGUGGAAUCCUCAGCAAUAAUGUCGGCCCGUUUGUUUCCUGUCACUCAAUGCUGUCUCCACAGAGCUUUGUAGAAAAUUGUGUGUAUGAUCUGUGUGUGGGUGACGGCUACCAGCCCAUCCUCUGCCAAGCACUCAACGUGUAUGCUGCCCAGUGUCAACAAGAGGGCAUUCAGUUGGGCCAGUGGAGGAGAGAGGGAUUCUGUGAAAUCCCCUGUCAAGCAAACAGCCAUUUUGAGUCUCAAGGAACUGGAUGCCCUGCAACCUGCAGCAACCCCAAUGCUCCAAAGAAUUGCCCACUGCCCAACCUGGAGAGCUGCAUCUGUAAUGCUGGCUAUGUCCUAAGCGGUGGGGAGUGUGUUCUGCAGAGUGACUGUGGCUGCACCUUCGAGGGGCGGUACUAUACAACUGGGGAGACAGUGGUGCUAGACCAGGACUGUGGGAGGCGCUGCCACUGUACUCAUGGGACAAUGAGCUGCCAGACACACAGCUGCAGUGAGCUGGAGGUGUGUGGGGCCCACGGUGGUGUGCGGAGCUGCAGACCUCUCAGCUACGCCACCUGCUGGGUGGAGGGUUAUGGGUCGUAUCGCACCUUUGAUGGAAAUACCUUCCAUUACCCAGGUGCCUGUAGUCUGACAUUGGCGAGGGUCAGGGGACAAUCACAAUUACCUCAUUUUCAAGUAAGUGUUGAGAAAGUUCCCACAGGUCUUAGAGAUUUUGGUAGACACCUGAAGUUUGAAGCAGAAGGAACACAAGUUUCUGUGGAGAUAGGGGAAGGAGCCACAACAAAGGUGGAUGGGCAAACAGUGGGCAUUCCUUUCAGUGUCAGCUCAGGUCAUAUUCGCAUCUACCACAGCAGUGUACAAGGUGUUGUCAUAGAGACCAACUUUGGAGUGCUGGUGAGAGCUGACUGGCCACAUGUCAUCCGCAUUACCGCUCCUGGCAACUACAACGGCACUCUAGGAGGCCUGUGUGGAGAUCUGAAUGGAGACCUUCGCGACGACUUCCUCUCCCCCACUGGAGUUCCCCUCUACGACUCACAGCAGUUUGGGGACAGCUGGAGAGAUGGCUCCCUGUCAGCAUUCUGUGUGGAACCUCCGGCCUGGGAACCCAGACACUACCAGAACACUAGCCAGUUCAGGGAGCUCUGUGGCAUCAUGGGAUGGGCACAGGGGCCUUUUAGCCAGUGCCAAGCAAGGCUGGACCCCUGGGGACGGAUUGAAGACUGUGUCCAGGCUCUAGCGAGAACACGUGGUACUCGAGAGGCACUGUGCGAGGCACUGCGUGGCUACACCCUUCUUUGCCAACAGAGUGGACUCACGGUAGGGGAAUGGAGGAACAUCACUAACUGUGAGGUAACCUGCCCACCCAACAGCCAUUAUGAGCCAUGUGGAACAUCCUGCCCAGCUUCCUGCCCAAGCCUGUCUUUCCCCUUCCUUUGUACUCAGCCUUGUCAGGAGGGGUGCCAGUGUAAUGACGGGUUCCUCCUGAGUGGGGAUCGUUGUGUGCCACCCAUGGGUUGUGGCUGCCACCAUGGCGGGCGCUAUAGACAGAGUGGAGAGCGCUACUGGUAUGGUGAGGAGUGCCAGUGCCUGUGCCAGUGUAAUGGCAUCACCGGACAGUCACAUUGCAUGGCCUCUUCUUGUGGUGCUCAGGACUCUUGUCGAGUCGUGGAUGGACAGUACGGUUGCCAUCCUAAACCUGAAGCCACCUGCUCGGCCUCUGGAGACCCACACUACACCUCCUUUGACAGACGCACCUUUGACUUCCAGGGUACAUGUCGUUAUGUCCUGGCAACAGUUUGCAAUGGAACACGAGGCCUACCUCACUUUCAGGUGGAGGCCAGGAAUGAGGCAUGGAAUGGUCUGCAGGUCUCCAUCACUGUGGCAGUUUACGUCAAUGUGUCUGGACAUCUGGUGUACAUCUCAAAAGACAAUCGGGCGACUGUGCAGGUGAAUGGGGAGACAAGAAACCUGCCAAUCCUUCUUGAUGGGGGCAGAGUGUCUGUCUAUGCCAACGGACUGCACACGUUUGUGAAAACAGACUUUGGUCUGACUGUCAGUUAUGAUGGCGGUUGGGUGUUGGACAUCACAGUGCCAUCCAACUACAGUGGUGCCACAUGUGGCCUGUGUGGAAACUUCAACGGCCUCCAGGGUGACGACUUGACUAUCGAGGAAGAGGGUUCUGGCUCUGUGGCCUUCCUUGCUUCUGAUUUUGGAGACUACUGGAAGGUUGAUGACGGCAUGCCCUGUACUGGAGGAUGUGGAAACUCCUGCCCAGUGUGCCAAGAUGACUGGAGAGCCCGUGCCCAGUGUGAGCUACUCAGAGCUAGCAAUGGACCACUGAGCUUCUGCCAUGCCCACGUGGACCCCCAGCCAUUCUUUAACGACUGUGUCUUUGACGUGUGCCUGUCUGGGGGCAGAAACGAUGUCCUGUGCCGUUCCAUGGAAGCAUAUGUCAGCGCAUGCCAAACUGCAAAUGUCAUCAUCUACCCCUGGCGUCAAAAUAGCACCUGCCAAAUGGAGUGUCCAGAGAAUAGCCACUACGACCUGUGUGGCACAGAGUGUGGGCACACCUGUGCCAGCAGCAUUGAUGCCAGCUGUGACAGGACCUGUGCUGAGGGCUGUUUCUGUGAUGAUGGAUUUGUGAGGAGCGGGGGGCGCUGUGUCCCUGUGGAACAGUGUGGCUGUCUUUAUGACGGCUUCUACUUUGAGAUCGGGGAACAGUUCUGGACACAAGCCUGCUCUCAGCACUGUGAGUGUUUGGCCCAAAAUGACCUCCGCUGCACCCAGUCCUUUUGCCCCCCAACUCAGGAGUGCUCUGUCAGAGAUGGUCGCCGGGGUUGCUAUAGUCACCUGUCAACCUGCACUGUCUGGGGAGACCCUCACUACCUCACCUUCGAUGGGGCUUUGGCUCACUUUCAGGGCACCUGUGCUUAUGAGAUUACCCACACCUGUGGCAACAUGAAAUAUGACGCCUUGGCCUUCCGCGUAGUAGCCGCUAAUAGUCACCGUGGCAACUUAAUUGUGUCUUUUGUGUCCACUGUGGAUGUGUGGCUCUCUCGUGGAGGAGUACAAAGCCACAUCACUAUUGGGCAGAACAGGAGAGUCAAGGUUGAUGGUAAAGACAACAAUGCAAACAGCAUUCAGGUUGGCUCCCUGGCGCAGUUGACUCGGGAGGCUGGAUUUGUGGUUGUGAAUGCCUCAGGGGAGCUGGUGGUCCAGUUUGAUGGUCGUAGUACACUUCUAGUCAGACUGAAUCCAAAUUAUCAUCAAUCUGUGUGUGGGAUGUGUGGGAAUCACAAUGACAACCCAGCAGACGACAAGGUUCUGCCCAAUGGCACUCUGGCCCAGACUGACAGGCAAUUUGGUCAAAGUUGGAAAUCAAAUGCAAGCAGACCUGGAUGUGGAGCCAGUGACUGGAUUGGAGACGGGAUGUGUCUCUUCAGAGCAGAAUACACAGAUCUGUGCAGCAUCAUCACCAACAGCAGCGGCCCGUUCCAGCAGUGCCACCUGCAUAUUGACCCACAGGCGUACUUCACCUCCUGCGUGUACGAUCUCUGUGCCUACACACCAGCCAAUGGCAUGCUGUGCUCAGCGGUGCAGGCCUAUGAGACAGCUUGCACUGUGCUGGGGCCCCGAACAACACAAUGGCGUUCUGCACUGCAUUGCUCUGUCGUUGACCCCUGUGAAGAACUGGACUGCAAUGAGGACGAGUGGUGUGGCCAGAAAGAUGGAGUCUACGGCUGCUUCUGCAAUGAGGAUCACCCAAGACCUUAUGCUGAGUCUUUUGACUCUGUGGAGUACUGUUCCAGCAGCACAGGCACCAUGUCUUUGUCUCGCUGCGAGCUGUUCGAAGCAGGCUUCUCGGCUGGCACCCUCCACCUCAACGACCCCAGCUGCAACGGCACACUCCAAGAUGGCAGAGUGGAGUUCCUCUUCGACAAUGAGAACCACCUUUGUGAAACCACUCUAAGGAGCAACAGCACCCACUUCAUCUAUGAGAACUUAAUCCAGGGGGAGGCCAACUCAGCCGGUGGCGUGAUCAGCAGAGAGAGACGGAUACAACUGCUCUUCUGCUGUGUCUACCCCCUCAGUCAGGCACUCUCCAUGGACAUGGAAAUCAACCCCCUGGAGAGUGUUUUGACUAAGAAGUUACCAGGAGGUAAUGGAACCUACCGUGUCCGAAUGAUUCCCUAUGAAGAUGCAGGAUUCUCUAAUGCGUUCUCUGGGAAUGUGAAUGUGGUGGUGAACCAGCGGAUGUACGUGGCAGUCCACGUGGAGGGAGUGGACAGCCGCCAGAUCGCCGUGGUGAUGGACUCCUGCUGGGCCACUCCUGUCAAUCAGGCAGACUACCACAUCCGAUGGGACCUCAUCAGAAACGAGUGCCCCAACCCCAAUGACCGCACAGUGGAGCUGCUUCAGAAUGGAAACAGCACAUCAGGUCGUUUCUCCUUCAGGAUGUUCACCUUCACUGCAAACUCCUCCAAGGUUUACCUGCACUGCAGCAUCCACCUGUGCUUGGUGGCGAGCAACGACUGCACAGCCCACUGUUACCCAGGUAACCACCAUAGGCAGCGCCGUGCUGUUGAUUUCCAUGACAGCGCCUCCCUCUCACUGGGGCCUCUGGUUUGGGCCAGUGGCAGAGCAGAUGGGAGUGACAUGAUUGACCCGAACCCUGUGAAGCCUCGGGUCUAACUGCAUUUCUGAUAGUCUUGUUCCUCUUGUUCCUGCUCUCACUCUCACGCCUCUCAUCUAGAACAGAACACAGCUACACAAUCACCUGGCUUUGACAAACCAACAUGCACAGCAUUCAUAGAACACAGCUACACAACCAACUGGCUCUGACAAACCCACAUUCAAGCAUUCAUAGCACACAGCAGUGUUGUACCUUUUCCCUUCUGUGGUAACAUACAGGAGAGCACGGUGUCCUGCUGAUUGAUAUUCAUUGAUGUGAGAACAUACCUAGACAUAAACUACAUAAACUGUGUUCAUAUAUUUCUUAUAUAUUCACAAUUUUCCUGACGAGCUAUGGAGGUAUACUAUUUCUUUGCUGAGCUAUAGAGCUAUACUUUUUCCUUGCUGAGCAUGGUGUAUUGCUGAUUCCACCACCUGAUUCCACCACCUCCUUUUAGGGUGUUUACGGUGUUUUGGGGAAAUUUGAAAUAAAUAAAGUGGAGAGAAGAGAAAGCAUUUUGCAUGUCACUGAUGUCUACAUUAUGGCCCUAUGUGUUAUAGAAAAUAUCAUGUUUGAUUCGACAUUGUUCUUACAAAGUAUGAUUGAUUGGGUUCAGUGUCUUUAUGACGUAAUGUAGUGACACCCAGUGAAGUGUCAUUAAUGGGAAUAGUGGAAGGACAGACGGAUGGAUGGACAGAUAGAAACCAGUGAGACCAGCAGACUGACUGACUGGUUGGUUUAUUUAAUGAGAAUACUAAUACACACUGUGAAAUAUGAUUGCUAAGGGUUUUCUGAAUUAAAGAGAUAAAUGGGGGAUUUAUUUCAAGCUCUUUAAAAUGGCUCUAUUGUGAUAAUCCAAUGUUGAAAAAUCCAAAGGAAAGGAUGGGAAAUAGCAGAGAUGAGAAAGAGGCAUAACACAGAGUAAUAGUGGGAUGAACAAUGGAUAGGCGGCAGAAGCACCAAAUAACUACUUACCGAGUGCACAUGUAAUGAUUUUGAUUUUGAAGAUGCUGUUGGCCGUGGGCCAGGUCAGGGGAAGGGCUGUCUCUAUAAUAAAAUAAUGUGGAUCUGUGUGUGGGUGAUGGGAAUUGCUGCAAAGCACCUACCUCCUGUCAUGAAACAAGCCAAGUUUCAUGUUCUUGGCAUUAUCAACUAUAAAUAA